AUGCCUGAAUUCAGGGCAAAUGUCAAUGUCACUGUAUUUGCAAAGGGUGGAACUCGCCCUUUCAUCUGCACGGACGGAUUUGGACAGUUUUUGAAUGGCCUAACAGGGAGGCUCCACAGUCAAUUGCCAUUUCGAACUUGGAAUGUUAUUCCAAGUUCGAUUCGGUAUCUAACAUCAAAAGCGCUGGCACUAGCGAUUCAAUUAAUAAAUGAUCAGGGUUGUCCAACGUGGGCACAUGGCCCCAACCUGAACAACCGUAACGAUCAGAGUAUUUGUCUUUUUACGGGUCUUAAUGACAAGAAGGGCAAGCAACUCAAGGCCGUGACACCAGCUCAACGUCAAUUUAUCAAGAACCAGCAGCGUGACCUGCGUCACGCUGAACAAUCGAAUGCUGCAUUCCUGCAACGUCUCAAAGGGGGUGUCCAACCUGCUACCAUAGCGGAACCCAAUGACGCCGCACGAUUUGAGGACGGGCCAGAAGAGCCUGAGGACGUACCUGACAACUUUGAUAUGAAUCACUUCAUGCCAGGUAAUAGACCACCCGAGCUGCAAGAUCUACGACACGAUCCAGUAAUGAUUGCGUUGAAACGACAACGGCAUCAAGCUGACCGUCUGGCACACGAACAUCGAUGGUUGUGGCAGUACGCCAUAAUGUUGCCAACAUUUCUCCGACUCCGCUUUGAAACUUCAAACUGGUUUAACAAUGAGAAGUGCCUUCAAGACUUUAGGCCACCCUGCAAUUGCGCAAAGCGGACCGAGCGAGAAGUUGACCUACUUGAUUUGAUCAGUCGGCGACGAGUGAUUAUAUCCUUUUGCAAAGAUUGUGAUUUGUCCGACCCGGUGAGGCUUCUGCAGAUGGGUUACAUUGCGGCCUCCCCGCAUACAAAGAAGUAUCUGGCUGAGCUCCAGGAGUCAGAAGGCAGCUUGUCCAAGCUAGUCGCCGCAAAUGCAACACAUACGACAGAUUACUUUCAAGCGCAGUGGGUGCGACAACGAGAGUUACAGCUCAAAGCAAUAAACGUGCAAGCCAAAGAGAAACGCGCUAGGGUCAAGGUUUUGGUCAAAUUGGAGGAAGAGCUCUUGGAAGCCCGUAAACAACUUGAGGACAUGAACGCGGCAAAUGCCGCUAUAAGGACAGCGGAGCAUAGGCAUGAUCUGCUUGAUCUACCUAGGUCCCUCGUCAAUCUCGAGGCCAAGGUGCAAGAAGUUGCAGACGAAUUGGGUAACACUGAACUACUCAAUGUUCGGCACCGUAGCAAUGAUCGCGUCAAGUCGGCGGUGACUGUUCAGGUUGCGUUGGCGAUGUUGUACAAAGCCAAAUUUGAUGAAAUCCAACAGCAGGCUAAUGCUGCUGCUAAGACAGGUGAGGCGCGUGUGAUAGAGUGGAGGUCUAUCCACAGCGGGCUCAAUAAAAGAAGUUGUCGUUUAUGGAAGUGGUGGGAUCGUGGUUUGCUGGAUGUCAUUAGCUGGACAUCACCCUUUGUAGAAAACAGUGCGGCUAUUGAUGGCAAUCUGAUUACAAGGUGGCGUGAGAUGGUGGACCGUACCUCGUGGGGUCAAAUCAUGGGUGUCCCGAUAUUCUGGGCUCAUGAGGAUGAUGUCCCGGAAGAGCCGCCGGAAGAGCCGGAUGAGGACCUAUUUAUGUAUUAUGAUUAUAUGUGA